AUGCGUUCUGCGGCCGGGCUGCUCUUUGCAGCCAUAUUCGCCUUUUCAGGAUUGACCGAAGCUAACAAUCAUGUCUCUGAUCUCGAUACGGGGAAAUGCGCCUUUGACCCAUCGGUGAUGGUAUCCGAUGCAUGCGUCUCUUACGGUACUCUCAACACACUCAAUGACGAAAUUUACACCCUCCUCCAGUCCAUCACCCUCGAGACAGACUUCUUCUCGUACUACCGAUUGAACCUGUUUAACAAAGAAUGCCCCUUCUGGCAAGACUCAGAUAGCAUGUGUGGUAAUAUCGCAUGUGCUGUAAAUACCAUCGAUUCUGAAGAGGACAUCCCGCUUGUCUGGCGGGCGGAGGAACUGAGCAAGCUCGAGGGGCCUAAAGCGAACCACCCGCCGCGCAGAGUUCAAGUUGAGCGUCCCGAGAGGCCACUCCAGGGUAUGCUUGGAGAGGGCGUAGGUGAGAGCUGUGUUGUGGAAUACGACGAUGAGUGUGACGACCGAGACUACUGUGUUCCCGAGGACGAGGGCUCGGCUGGCAAGGGCGACUAUGUGAGUCUGGUGGAUAACCCAGAGCGGUUCACAGGUUACUCGGGAGAAGGGUCCCGCCAGAUUUGGGACGCUAUCUAUCGUGAGAACUGCUUCCUGAAGCCUGUGGAAAAAGAGCUGGAGGAAAAUUCGCUGAACGCCCCGAUGGGCGGACUUCAGGCUGUCUCUGAUUUCCGCAAUAUGCUGCAGAAGGAGUCUCAUCGACUUGAGGGUUUGCCCUUGGAUAACGAGUGCUUGGAGAAGCGAGUCUACCAUCGCCUCAUCAGUGGUAUGCACGCUUCCAUCUCGACCCAUCUUUGCUGGGACUACCUGAAUCAAACAACCGGCCAGUGGCACCCCAAUAUGCAGUGCUACAAGGAGCGUCUCCACGACCACCCGGAGCGCAUUUCAAACAUGUACUUCAACUACGCCCUGGUUUCCCGCGCUGUAGCUAAGCUGCGAACGCACUUGGAAGGCUACACCUUCUGCACCAGCGACCCGGCGCAGGACGCCGAUACAAAACUGCGCGUCAGCCAGCUGACCGAAGUUCUCUCUCGUCCGCCUAAGAUCUUCGACGAGGCGAUCAUGUUCCAGGAUCCCAUGGCCCAAGGUUUGAAGGAAGACUUCCGUAACCGCUUCCGCAACGUCAGUCGGAUCAUGGACUGCGUCGGCUGCGACAAAUGUCGGCUCUGGGGUAAGCUUCAAACAAGCGGAUACGGGACUGCACUGAAAGUGUUGUUCGAAUAUGACGAGACGAAGAACGGCGAGAACCCGAUGCUUCGUCGCACGGAGCUCGUUGCUCUGAUCAACACUCUCGGCCGCAUCUCUCACAGUCUAGCUGCUGCUCGAAGCUUCCACGACGCUUUGGAGGCUGGGCGAGAGGAGGCGUUCCCUCUCAAUCACUACGGGACGUUAACCCACCGCAAGUCCGAGCUCGAACCAGAGCCCGAACCCGCUCUUGAACCUGAAGUGGAAGCUGAAAGGAAGAAAGAGCAAGCCAUCUACCACGACGGUACUGGGAACAUGUAUUACAAGAACGGUGAAGGCGAAUGGACACACGGGCGCGAUAGAAUGGAAGGUCGCAAACCGUGGGAACGUCCAGAACUACCCCCUGACGCUACAGCCUGGGAUGACAUCUAUGCGGAGUGGGUCACAGUUCGAGACACAACUAUCUUCGUGUUGAAAAGUUGGUGGAACCUACCAGUUACAUUAUAUGAGAUUAUUACUUUUGAAACCCAGCGUGCUUGGUCUUUGUGGCUCGGCAUACCUGCACCCCCUCGCCCUUGGGGUUUCAAGGCUCCAGGGCCACAUCCUACGUCGAGACCUCGGGCCCAUGAACCUCCAUCUGCUCAUAAUAAUGAGUUAUGA